ACGAACGACAUGAACACGGAUGUCCUCGAUAAUACGACACCAAGGUACGAGAAACUAGCGAAGCCAAGAAGGAGGAUCGACAGGAACAGUAACCACAAUGCCUUCGAUGUAAAAGCUGGAGCCUUGUCUUAUCAAAUUACGGAUUCUUUAAACAAGUUAGCACAGCCCAAACGAAGACCGCAGUCAAACGUGUCGGCCGCGUCGGAUUUGUUGGUGAAAAGUACUCAAGCGUCAACAGUGAAAUACGGAACACAUAAACUGAUAAAUAGCGACCAGCAGUCGAAAGAUGCGCAGGAAUCGCAGAAGAAGAAAUUCCUUUUAGACACGUAUGCUCGCAUCGUCGCGGCCAGGAACAAGCGUUGUUCGAAACGUUUACAAGACCUUGCCAGGCCGAAGGAUUAUUCCAACCGAGCCGAACCAUGCGAGGAUUUCGAUAAUUAUUUUCAGAGGAUGAACAAGUACAACGCGCGGCAACCUUCGAUUCUUCCGAAACGAGCAAACGUAUGA